AUGCAAUCCGCGAUCUACCGACGAGCCCUCCUUGCACAUCGGGCAUACCAUGCCACAAAGCUCUCCCCCCUGUUAUCCCCAUCACCAAGACUCACAUUCAGGAGAGCCUAUGCAGACGACACAACCACGAGAGUGAAAACCAGAAAUAACCUCCCUAUUAUCGCAGGCGGGGCCCUAGCACUGUGCUUCCCGCUAUACUAUAUCAUGCACAGCGACAAGCCCGCAGGCUCAGGCCAAGCGGCAAUCAAAGAGGUGCGGAGAGAAAAGGGCACGGCCCGUGAGAUCCGGGAUCCACGGGAUAGCGAGGUCAAGACGUUGGAGCAGAAGAGGGCUAAAGAGGGGCGGUAG